AUGGCCAUGGCUUCCACAGCGUCCGUCUUCUUCCUACUACUGCACUUCCUCCUCCUCGUCUCAUCCGCCAUCGCCUUCGACGUCACGCGUCUCCUCGCGCAGUUUUCAGACUUCUCAACCUUCAACGAUCUUCUCAUCCGGACUCAGCUGUCCGCCGACAUCAGCACCCGGAAAAGCGUCACCAUCCUUGCCGUCCAGAACGGCGCCUUGUCCUCCGAGUCCGGCCAACCCGACGAGGUCAUCAAGAAGAUCAUCGCCCUCCAUGUGGUCCUCGACUACUUAGACAGUGAGAAACUCCACCAGCUCUCGUCCCACACCGCCAUCCUCACGACGAUGUUGCAGGCCUCCGGACGAGCCUCCGGCCUCAGCGGGUUCCUCAACGUCACCGACUUGAAGAACGGGCAGGUCGCGUUCGGCUCCGCGGUGCCGGGCUCGCCCCUGAGCUCCUACUUCGUGAGGGUCAUCUUGACGCACCCUUAUGACAUCUCCGUGGUCCAGAUCAGCGGCCUCAUCGUUCCUCCCGGGAUCAGAGAUGGGAGCUCAAACAACAGCAGCGCACCUACGCGGCCGCCAGCUGCGGCCCCGAGGAAGGCGCCGCCUGCUCCAUCGACGUGGCCGUCGAAAGCGCCGCCCCCUGGUGCCUCCCCGUCGCACGCGCCAAAGCAGGCGCCGCAAGCUGCAGCCCCGUCGAACGCACCGAAGUUGGCGCCGCAUGUUGCAGUCCCGCCGUCGAAAGUUCUGCCAAUCCCAAUCCCCCGCCGCCGCGCGCCGUCGCAAUCUCCGAUUCCGUCGGCGGGGCCGAAGGUAGCACCUAGGCGGCCACCCACUCUGGCACCGAGGACGGGGCCUGCUCCGGCAAGUUGGCCGUCAAUGGUGUUGCCCCCUGGUGCGUCUCCGUCGAAUCCAUCAAGGUCGAAGGCGCCUACUCCAGCGAGGUGGCCUUCAAUGUUGUUGCCCCCUGGUGCGUCUCCAUCGAAUCCACCAAGGUCGAAGGCGCCUGCUCCAGCGAGGUGGCCUUCAAUGGUGUUGCCCCCUGGUGCGUCUCCAUCGAAUCCACCAAGGUCGAAGGCGCCUUCCUCGGACGGCGCGCCCGGUGGCCCCAUGCCGAGUUCACCGGCCUCUGACGCGCCUGCAGUGUCUCCGCCUUCUCCAGUUGGCGGAGGCACACCACCGGCGGGAUAUCCAACGGAUGCUGGUGGUGUCGCUGGGCCGGAUACUGGGAGCGGAGAAAGUCCGGCAUCCCAUGGCAUGGCCGUGGUGCCCAGCGUUGCUGUUGCCAUGGGCGCCGUCCUCUUGGCUGUCCUUUCAACGAUUCGUAGAAGCUAA